AUGCGAGUAAUGCUCAUCGCCGAAGCACAUCCUGGGGCAACACAAUACGACAGACGGAUUGUGUCUCUGGGCGAGAGGUCAAAGAUCCGUGUGGACGGGAUCCCACCGCCGGCCGAGAACGCUUUGCUGUAUGAGACAGUGACUGUGGUGGAGGGGAAGCCAAUCCUGAGAGACAUGGUGUUCAGUCCCGACCAUCAGUACAUCUACCUGCUCAGUGACAGACAGGUGAGCAGACUGCCGGUGGAGAGCUGUGAGCAGUACAGCAGCUGCUCAGACUGUCUGGGAUCAGGAGACCCUCACUGUGGAUGGUGUGUCCUCUUCAACAAAUGUUCCAGACAGGAAGCAUGUGACAAGUGGGAGGAGCCUCAGCACUUCAAUAUACAACUGGACCAGUGCGUCAACAUCUCUGUUUCCCCGAGCAGCAUGUCAGUCACCUCCCCGGCAAUGCAGUUAACCAUUCAGGUGCAGAACGUCCCUGCGCUGUCUGGUGGGGUUACCUGUGUGUUUGAGGACCUGAGUAAUGCCCCCGGAGAGGUGCGGGCCAAAGGUCAGGUGAUGUGUAUGUCACCAUCACUGAGGGACCUUCCAGCACAGACACACUCCUUUGGAGCGAAGCGAGUGGUGCAGCUCAGCCUUCGCUCCACAGAGACUGGACACCAGUUCAUCACCACAAACCUCAUCUACUACAACUGCUCUGUGCUCAACUCGUGCACUUCCUGUGUCAGCAGUGAGUUUCCGUGUCAUUGGUGUAAAUAUCGUCACAUCUGCACCAACAACCUGCAGGACUGCUCCUUCCAGGAGGGACGAGUCAGCAACAUGGAGGGUUGUCCUCAGAUAAUCCCUACCUCUGACAUCCUGGUUCCAGCCGGGAUGGUUCGUCCAAUCACGCUGAGAGCUCGUAACCUUCCCCAACCUCAGUCCGGUCAGAAAAACUACGAGUGUGUGUUUAACAUCCAGGGAAAAGUCCAGCGCAUCCCCGCCGUCCGCUUCAACUCCUCCUGCAUUCAGUGUCAGAACACCUCGUAUUGGUAUGAAGGGGAUGAGGCUGGUGAUCUCCCGGUGGAUUUCUCCAUUGUCUGGGAUGGAGAUUUCUUCAUCGACAAGCCCGCGUCUAUGAAAGCGUUGCUGUACAAGUGUGAGGCUCAGCGCCCCAGCUGUGGUCAGUGCCUCAAAGCUCCAACUGCCUUCGAGUGCGGGUGGUGCACCGAAAGCAGGAAGUGCCUCCUCCGACAGCACUGCCCAUCCCCCGAACAGAACUGGAUGCACUACACCAGACACAACCUGCGCUGCAGCCACCCACGCAUCACCAAGAUCAGUCCUGUGACAGGACCCCGGGAAGGAGGGACUCGGGUGACGAUCGAGGGGGAGAACCUGGGUCUGCAGGUGAAGGAGAUCGCCCAUGUUCAGGUGGCAGGAGUCCGCUGUAACCCCAUCCCCUCACAAUACAUCAGCGCAGAGAGGAUCGUCUGCGACAUGGCCGAGGCUCUUCUGCCUCACUCUCCAGGCGGUCGGGUAGAGGUCUGCAUCGGCUUGUGCAACGAAGAAUAUCGAGCUUUCUCCAGUGACACGUACGCCUUCGUGAGCCCAACUUUCAGCCGUGUCCACCCAGCGAAGGGACCCGUUUCUGGGGGAACCAGACUGACGGUGGUGGGUCGACACCUGAAUGCCGGCAGCUCCGUCACUGUCUACAUAAACAAGGAGGAGUGUCUGUUUGUCACACGAAUUGAGCGGGAGAUAGUUUGCAUAACUCCUGGCUCCGCGUCAGGCACCGGCGAAGCCCCCAUCCGUCUGAAGAUUGAUAGGGCCGAGGUUACAAGCACAGAUACCAAGUACACAUACACAGAUGACCCAACCAUCACCAGCAUUGAACCAAACUGGACCAUCCUCAAUGGCAGUACGCUGAUAACGGUGACGGGAACCAACCUGCGCACCAUCCAGGAGCCCAAAGUCAGAGCCAAAUAUGGAGGAGUGGAAACUAACAAUUACUGCACUGUAGUCAAUGACAGCACAAUGACCUGCUUGGCUCCUGGUCUGGUCUACACUAAACCCGACCCACCAGAGGGGGCGCUGCGGCCCGAUGAGUUUGGCUUCAUCUUCGACCAGGUGUCCUCUUUACUGGUGCUUAACUCCACCCCCUUUACACACUACCCGAACCCAACCUUUGACUCCUUGGGGAACUCUGGGAUCCUCGAGGUUAAACCAGGGUCACCCAUCAUCCUCAAGGGUAAAAAUUUGAUCCCUCCUGCCCCCGGUAACAAUCGUCUGAACUACACAGUCCUGAUUGGAGAGUCACCCUGCCUCCUAACAGUGUCAGAGAACCAGCUGCUUUGUGAUUCACCAGAUAUCACCGGAGAAAAGAGAGUCGUGAUCUUGGUGGGUGGUCUGGAGUACUCCCCGGGCAUGCUCCAUAUCUACUCCGACAGUGCCUUGACGCUGCCCGCCAUCAUCGGGAUCGGAGCAGGCGGAGGCGUGCUGCUCAUCGCGAUCAUCGCAGUGUUGAUCGCUUACAAGAGGAAGACCCGUGAUGCCGACCGCACGCUCAAACGCCUCCAGCUGCAGAUGGACAACCUGGAGAGCCGGGUGGCGCUAGAGUGCAAAGAGGCCUUUGCGGAGCUGCAGACAGACAUCCAAGAACUUACCAAUGACAUGGAUGGAGUGAAGAUUCCCUUCUUGGAAUAUCGGACAUACACCAUGAGGGUCAUGUUCCCAGGGAUAGAAGAACACCCCGUCCUCAAAGAGCUUGACUCUCCAGCCAAUGUGGAGAAAGCUCUGCGUCUCUUCAGCCAGCUGCUGAACAACAAGAUGUUCCUGCUGACCUUCAUCCACACACUGGAGGCUCAGAGGUCGUUCUCCAUGAGGGACAGGGGGAACGUCGCCUCCCUGCUCAUGGCUGCUCUGCAGGGUCGGAUGGAAUACGCUACAGUGGUGUUAAAACAGCUGCUGGCUGACCUGAUUGAGAAAAACCUGGAGAACAGAAACCAUCCCAAACUGCUGCUGAGGAGGACCGAGUCUGUUGCUGAGAAGAUGCUGACGAACUGGUUCACUUUCCUCCUCCAUCGAUUCCUCAAGGAGUGUGCGGGCGAGCCUCUCUUCAUGCUGUAUUGUGCCAUAAAGCAGCAGAUGGAGAAGGGACCGAUUGACGCCAUCACCGGAGAAGCUCGUUAUUCUCUCAGUGAAGACAAACUCAUCCGACAGCAGAUCGACUACAAACAGCUGACGCUGAUGUGCAUCCCUCCUGAGGGUGAAGUUGGGACCGAGGUGCCGGUGAAGGUGCUGAACUGCGACACAGUCACUCAGGUCAAAGACAAACUGCUGGACGCUGUUUACAAAGGAAUCCCAUACUCGCAGAGACCUCAGGCCGACGACAUGGACUUGGAGUGGCGUCAGGGUCGGCUCACAAGGAUCAUCCUGCAGGACGAAGACGUGACAACUAAGAUCGAGAGCGACUGGAAGAGACUCAACACGCUGGCACACUACCAGGUAACAGACGGCUCCGUGGUGGCGCUCGUCCAGAAGCAGGUUUCUGCCUACAACAUCGCCAACUCCUUCACCUUCACCAGAUCGCUGAGCAGAUACGAGUCUUUACUGCGAACAUCCAGCAGUCCCGACAGCCUGAGAUCCAGAGCUCCAAUGAUUACCCCAGACCAGGAAACAGGAACUAAACUGUGGCACCUGGUGAAAAAUCAUGAGCACAGCGACCAGAGAGAAGGAGACCGAGGCAGCAAGAUGGUUUCUGAAAUCUACCUGACCAGACUUCUAGCAACCAAGGGGACACUGCAGAAGUUUGUGGAUGACCUGUUUGAGACUGUGUUUAGCACCGCUCAUCGUGGCUCUGCACUCCCACUGGCCAUAAAAUACAUGUUCGACUUCUUAGACGAGCAGGCCGACAAACGACAGAUAACUGACCCAGAUGUCCGACACACCUGGAAGAGCAACUGCCUUCCUCUCAGGUUCUGGGUGAACGUUAUUAAGAAUCCUCAGUUUGUGUUCGACAUCCACAAGAGCAGCAUCACCGACGCUUGCUUGUCAGUCGUCGCUCAGACCUUCAUGGAUUCCUGCUCGACGUCUGAACAUCGGCUCGGCAAAGACUCUCCGUCCAACAAACUGCUCUACGCAAAAGACAUCCCCAACUACAAGAGCUGGGUGGAAAGGUAUUACAGGGAUAUAGCCAAGAUGCCUAGCAUCAGCGAUCAGGACAUGGACGCCUACCUGGUGGAGCAGUCCCGACUCCACGGAAAUGAGUUCAACACCCUGAGUGCACUCAGCGAGCUCUACUUCUACAUCAACAAGUACAAGGAAGAGAUCCUAACAGCACUGGACCGGGAUGGGUACUGUCGCAAACACAAACUGAGGCACAAACUGGAGCAAGCCAUCAAUCUGAUGUCUGGAAGCAGCUGAGAGAAGGGGAAGGAUGAAUGGACUGAUGGAUUGAUGGAUGGGGGGGCGUGGGAAGAAGAAUGGGGGAGGGGGAAAUGAGGGCACUUGGUUUUUCUGAACUGUUUAAACAGUCAGCCGAACUGCUCCAUGUUGGACCGAACUGACAGCCGCAGCUCCAGUUGCAUUAGCAAUCAAUCUAUCAGUAAUUUAUUUGUCAGUUGAUGGAUUGAUUGACUUGAAGAUUGACUGGCUGGGUGGGACCCCAACUACCUCCAUUUGGUGGAUUUUUGGGGUGGAAAAUUGAUUUCCAAACCGAUGUGGAUACAUUUACUACGGAACUUUGAGUCAUUUGGGGGCAAAAAAUAACCCUUCUAGAUGCAUCUAUCGGUUUGGAUUUGAUUUUACUGCAAGCAGGGAUCAAACAAAGGGGAUGUAGCUGUGGGCUUAAGACUGUGUCACGUUUCUCCGAACAGUGGAUGUGACAUGAGAACAAAGUGACCUGACUCAGCUUGCUUCGGAACUUAACAGGUGCUUGGUUGAAAGGUUGGAUCAAGUUUCCAUGAAAGCUACAGACUUCACUUUGAAAAGCUUGUUCUGUCUGAAGGAUCAAGAAACUAAGCCUAUGGUCAGACAGUCACAGGAAAAACACAACAGGCUGGAUUGAACUUUAAGAGCCUCAUCAUAAUCUGAACAAGUCCAGGGCUAAGUCAAGGCCUACCACAGAGGUUCAAAGCCUCUUUACUGAUGUCGUAACUUUGGACCACUUAUCCUCAGCCAAACCCUUAGCAUUGUCUGGAAGAAUCCACUGUAAGGAAGUCAGGUCAGAACUUGAGGCUGGAAGCGACAAAGUGAAGUCACCAAUUUGGAAUAUCUGACCUUACCGUGGAUGUCUUUGGAUUCAGUAGGUUGUUUUAAGCUUUAAUGAAGGAGAAGAAAGCAAAUAAACUGAUGUCCAAUAAACUGAUGGCUUGACCUAAACUUGAAAUCACUGGAUGCUAAGAGGAUUUGAACAUAGAGUAAUAAGGACUCUGAAGCGAGAUGAUAUAACUUGACCUUGGACUUGUUCGGCCAAGCCUCGUCAGGAUCUAAAUGUUUCUAAGUUGCUGUUUAAAUAACCACUCGAUUCUCUGGACAAUCACUCUAUACCACAGCACACUGAGCCCGAUGCCUACUGACAGACCAGUACCUGUGUCCAUAACCUUAUCCCGUCCUCCCUCUAUCCUCUUUUCUUCACCGUUCAUCAGAAGUUUACCUCCUAAUUUUCCUCGUCCUACUCCUUCUCUACCUUCCUUUUCUUUCUUUCUUCGCUCUUUCUCCCCACCUUCGAUUCCUGCUCGUCCUUGACCCUACUCCAUCAUUGGUCAAUCAUGCUGGCCUCUGGCCAUCCUACUGGCCAAGAAGACUCUUUAGUAAUGUACUGCCCGACCAAUCAAGACUGUGGAAUUCGCCAGAAUUGUGAAUAAUUUACUAGAAGUGAAUAUAAACGAAUAUAGCAUUACGUUUUGAAUACAUUCCAGCACAGGCACACAGGCAAGGUCUGUAAAUAAGUAGGUUGACUGUAGAAUUUUUCAACAAAAAAAAUCUCCAAAAGUGGAGUAACAGGCAUUUUUCAGGACCACAAGAACCUAGACGCUGGGGUCCUGGAUCCAACACCUGGAUACAAACUUUGACGUUUAUUGGUGCAGCGCUUUAUCGACAGACCUUGCACAUACACAUACAGCCAUGCUUUACAGCACCAUGCUAAACAUGCCCAGGGGUAAAUACUGUGCAGAGCUACAAGCCCAGUGCCAUGUAAAGACCGGACCGGAUCACAUCAGAACUGGACCGGACUCGGACCAAAUCCGGAUUGAAAACAACCCGGAAUAGAAUUUUAGCCGGACUGGACUCAAGAACUCUUAAGACUUGUGGCCAUAAUUGUAAACAACAAAAAAAGAAAGAUAAUAAUGAUGACAAAGUAUAAAAAAAAAAGAAUACAAAAGAAAGGAAAAAAAUAUUGAAAUGUUAACAUGUAAUAAGAACUUUGUGGAUUUGACGGUAUGGAUUUUAAAGAGCUGAACUUGUAUACUGAACGUUAUGCUACAUCAGAAUCUGGAGGAAGAGCAAGAGCCAGGAGGCAGAGCGACGGUUCAGGCCAAACCAAGACCGUCCCCUCACCAUCGGAUCAGGCCCAGACCCAACCAAACUGGAUUCAGCUGGAGUCUGUUCUGUUAGAAGCUCUGUAUGUGGAAGAUGAGGAAACAAACUGGACUUUUUGGUGCUUUUAUUUGCCAAACUGGUUGUUUGUUUGAACAGAUUUCCAGAGCGGCAUUGGAUGGAGGUUUGUCCUGAAGGUUUGGGUAGCGUAUGGAAGGGUUAGGCAGCGCUUCAGAUGGAGUCUGAGCUUUUGCUGCCUCAUCCAAAAGCAGAAUGAGGCUUUCACACACCUAAGUUCUAAAACCUUACAAGUAAAAAUUAUGCUCAUGAAGAAGUUUGGAACUACUGCAACUCAGAAAUGCUCUGUGUGAAAUGCUCCUAUUCUCUAUGUGAACGAUGGCCUUUCCAACAUGGCAACAAUGCACCCUUCAACCUCCCCAGUCCCACCUGUGUGGUAGAACAUUUUCACAUCAUGAAACUGGCUUGUAAAUAUUGUCCAAAGGUCAGUUUGGGGUGUAGUUUGAUUGGCAAAAACUAAAAACACAAACUAAUGUCUACUCAACAAUGAUUUGAGGCAGAUUUUAAUGUUCUAGUUCUGUCGAACUAUAUGACAUCCAGCAAACAACUUGCACCAGAACUGUUGGGUCAAAACUAAUACUGUGUAAAUGUGUGCCAGUGGAAGACUGGUAUGUAGUUUUUUGCUUUCCCCUUUUAAAUAAGAUGCAAACUGCUUCUGGGCCUUGCACGUUGUUGCUUCUAACAGGAACAAGUUUUUAGGUCCCAAACUUUUUGUGUGUGUCUUAAAAUACAUUUCAAACACCAGAAAAGUUCAGAUUGGCCAUCAGUUGUCACUUGCAAAUUUGUGCCAACUUGCAACUGAUUUCCAGAAAAUGUGAUUAAUGUAAAAAAUGUUUGAUGAGAGAUUUGAUUGAAUGUAGACCAUAAAGUGUAGAGCAUUUUUAUACACCAGAGAAAAACUAAUAGGUAAAAAAAAUGUAUACACACAUAGUCUUUGAAGAUUUAAAUUGAGAAUGAGAAAUAACCCAUAAAGCAUAUCCCCAGCCUGAGCACUGUCCAGGUUAGUCACCUGCAGGUUAGUCCUAUAUGCAAACCACAGAAAACCUGAAACAUCGAUUGUUUUACCAAGCUGUGAAAAAAAACUCAACGGUGUCUCCAAAACUGAAAGCCAGUUAUUUGCGUGAAAAUCUUCUACCACAAUGAAGCAUCUGUCUUUUGGCUCUCUGCGAUGCCAUAGAGCAACAAAGCACCUUUUGUUUUUUCUUUCUUGCUGAUGUUUCACUGUCGUUUGAAUCUUUGGGGCCAAAAGGACCUGAGUGAGAGAGGGAAGGAUUGAGGAAGAGGAGGAAAGGGUCCUGAUAAAAGACUGCCUUUAAGAUGAUUAAUUGUAGAACAGGGAGGGAAGCCACUACCAUACCAAUACCACUGUUCACCAACCUGUAUGUGUGUGUGUGUGUGUGUGUUUUCCUUCUGCUGCUGCAGUGGAAACUCAGCCAUUAAAUCACUGAUCGUAUCUGCAGCUCAAUUAAAAAUCUUUUUCUUUAUAGUCGCACCGUUUAAAUCACCUGAUCUGUAUCUUUGAUGCGUUUGAAAUCUCAAAUCAGAUCUCCAGUCUUUUUGUAAAAAAAAUGAAAAUCUCAGCUCACCCUUUAAACUCAAAGUCAUCAAGAACAGAUAAAUCGGAUAUAAUUCAGCACAUCGUGUUUGAUCAGGCUUCACCUUUCCGUUGAUGCGAUGAGGUGGAGGAGAGAAGAAAACGAGCGAAUCCUGAAAAAAAAGGUGCUGGGCGAUGCAUAGAAACCGUAGGGCAGGAGUAAACUCCCUCUGCAUGCUGAAAAGUGAGGAAGAGGAGAAAUUACUGUUGAACUGCAGAGAGAAGGGAUAUUUUUGUGCCUAAAGGUGAAAAAGAAAACCUGAAUUCCUUCAAAUGUAAAGAGGAGAAAUAAAUGUUAGAGUAACACGGGAGGUUGAGGAUGAAAGCGGGAGGUCAGAUUCUCUUUUUGCAUGCUUAAGUGUGAGGAGGAAGGAUGGAGGGAGAUGCUGCUGGAAUACUGAGAGGGAGGAGAGAGGGAGAAUACUGAUCAGGCCGAAAAAAGAUGGAGGCAACGUCAUCCAUCAAACCGACUGGGGAAGGAAAGGUCUCUGAGAAGAGGAGGAGGAGGCAAAAACGUUCCAUGCUCAUUUCAGUUACUCACGCGAACAUAAAACUCAUUAUAGAGAGAAAUCAGAGGAUGGAAGGUAAAAGUUUUAGGGGCAGGAAUGGCUAAAGGUGGGCAGGUGCAAAUACUAAAGACUGUUUCUGUUACACCUGCACUCCUAGUGUCAUGGCAAUAGUUACAUAGCAUGAAUCUGUUAUUAGCAUUGGUGCCAAUGUAGCUUUUUUAUGUUAGCAUGAACAUUAAACAGCACAAGAUGUGACUUUAAAAUUAUAGCUGUUUGGUUUUAUGCUGUUUAGUGAGAUACCCUCCAAUUACUAGAACUGACCAGACCAUCAUCUCAGCAGCUCAGCUAAUUACAUGUUGCAUUUUCGUCUGAGCAAGGACUGGCUUGUGGCAGAGACAUUACGAGAAAUGUCCUGCAAAGAGUCCUGAAAAGAUCAGCUGUUGAUGGGCUCAUUGAUCCGAAAGUGCCCAUCAACAGCCACACUAUGAUAACUAUGAUAACUACUUACUGUAGCAGAAAGGGUGGAUCAACUUUAAAGCAGUUUUUACAGAUUUAAGUGGUCCCUGCAUGCAGUUUUUAUGCUGCCAUAGGAAUUAAUGGUGGGACUUUCUCCGCGUUUAAUUUAGGGGCUUCAACAUAAUUGCCUAUAGGUGUUUCCAAGAUGGCUGUCACAACUUGCUUCUAGAAGGAGUUUUCCUGUGGUUGAGUAGUUCACCAAUUUGUAUUUCUUUGUUAUUUGUCCAAAAAAACCCCUCAUGCUAAUUGUAGAUAUUAGGCUGAGUUGCUGUGAUUAAAAAUUCCUCUUGGUAGCCUUAAAUUGUGCCAAUGAAAAUAACAGAUUUAUUUUACAUCAUGCAUUCAUGAAUUGCCAUGAGACUGAGCUCAUGAUUUUAUUUCCAGAUGUUCUAUUUGCACCAAAGCCAAUAUUCCACUUUUCUUUGAUACCUGAAUCUGCAACCAAACCUAACAUUAAUAUCUGGAUAUUUAAUUUGGAUCCACAGGAGAAUUUUGUGGGUCUUUUUCUUUGCUUCAUGGAAAUCAGUCUUGUAGUUUUUUUGUAAUCCUGCUUUUAGUUGGACAAACCAACGAAUGGUAAUGGAAGCAUUUCAUCCAUGAAGCUCGGUCUCGUCAGAUGUAAUGACACUCUUUCCUGUAGCAGCACUGAACGCAUCUCACAAACUCCUGAGAGGUUCCAUCUGAUGUAAGCCCUCAACAGACUUUGAUACAACAAAUACCAGCAAAUAAAGUGAAUAGGAAAAGUAAACCUUUACAAUCGAGUUUAAAUUCAGCUGGGAUAAAAUGAUGCUUGGGUGGGUUUCCACUGUGGUAGCAAGAAUGUGUGUGUGUAGAUUUUAACAUCAUGUCCAUCUUCUGAUCACACACGUGCACCUGGGAGGAGGCAACAGAGACUGAAGGAGAGCGAAGUUAAAUUCCUGUGACAACAAAACCAAAAAACAGGGAUUGAUUUACACCCUGUUUUACGUGCAUCCAUCCACACACACACACACACACCUCAGAGUUUUUAACAUUAUCCAGUGGUGAAAUAUUUAUUAUUUUUGUUUUAAUUUAUUUUUUACAAUGGGUUAUAUUUAUUGUUGGAGGAUGUAGACAGUUUUAUUAGUUUGUACAGCGUUAAAGCAGAAGGAAGAGCCCAACAGCAUCAGACGUUAAUUGCGCACGCACACACACACACACACACACACACACACACACACUUUAACAGGUCAUAAAACAGUCCAUGUGCAACCUGGGAAACAGCCAGAACUGUUGGUCACACUUCAUAUUCAUUCUUGCCAUUUUAAUUUUUUAACUCAUUACUUGUUUCCUGCGUUUAUGUCCAAUUUAAGAGCAGUCAGAAACGGGACGUGUCGAAAAACACUGAGAAAUGUGACAAAUCGUUCUGGUUCAUUCGGUCAUUUCCCAUCGUGCACAUGUUCAAUUCAUCAAAUCCAUCCGUCUGUCUGUUUCCUCUCAGCCUGGAGUUAUUAACCAAGAAGGAGGCAGAGAGACUGAUCAAUAUUAUUGAUCAGAAUCACCCGUCGGACUCACUUCACUCACACGGCGAACCGUCUGACGAGUUGAGUCGUUCGACUCCUUACCAGAUGAUGUUCUUAAGGAGUUUUAAAAGCAAAGAAGGGGUUGGAGAAAGACAUCAGCAGGGAAAUGGAGCUCUCCCACUGAAGAUCAAUUGGCAAAAAUACCUUUAGUAUAAUGGUGUUCUUCUCAUUUCUGACAGAAAAUAAACAGAAGUUGAUUUAAUGUUUAUCAUUUUGUAUUUUUUCUUAGGAAUCUCUUAUUUGAAACUAGUUGAUCCAUUCAUCAUAUUCUUACUGUACACUAAUCCCCCAUUGGUUUAAAAAAAAGAAAAAAAAGAAAUGGAUUUUUCUAUUUUUCUGUUAUAUUUCCAUCCAUUGUUAUUUAGAAGAAUUGGAUUUGAAAUCAGUGCUAGAAACACUGCAAAAAUGUCCCCUCCAAACCCAAUGAAGAGUUUAUCAUCCGUCUGUAAUGGAAUUAAUAUCCAAUGAAGAAUUUGACAUAUUUAUCAGACUCUUUGGAAACAAUCAGGUUACCAUGGAGAACAAAUCCACUCUCAUAUUAUGUAUUGUUUAUAAUUUAGAUGAAUCUGAAUUUUUUUGGGAAAUCUGUCAACAAACCAUUUAUCAUUAAUGGUAUCGUAAGACGCAAGUCACAUUGGAAAGCUUUCAUUGAUUUCCUGGGGGAAAAAAAUUCCAUUUUAUACUAAUGGGAGAUUAAACUCAAUGGUAUAACUGCCAUUAAUAAUCAGCGGGAGGUUCAGUAAUCAGCAGCAGAAGUAGGUCAGAGAGUUUCCCUACAGAAAACUUGCACUGACCUCCCAUUGGAAAUCAAUGGGAGCUGGCUGACCCCACCUCAUUAGGCCCCUCCCACUCCUGCAGACUCCAGACAGACGGUUGGGUGACUGACAGACGAGUUGAGCCGACAGCGGAUCCCAGUGGGCUUCAUUGUACCAUAGCAACAGCGAAUCACUGGACUCCCCUCUGAGCUCGAACGGGGGGAGUCAGAUGUCUUUAUUGUACCAUAAUAUGAUUAUUAUUACUACAAUUAAAAUUAUUAUUAAUAUUCUGAGCGGAGGCUUCUUGGUUGCUGUGCCAUCAGGAUCCACAGCAUUCAAAUAAAUUUUAUCUAUAAGCACUUUCAGAACAUAAUCCUGGAUUUUAAACACAGUCCAAAAGUCCUCAUCUGGGUCCCUGAACCACCAGUCGAGAAGCGCCGCUCACACUGGAUCUUGUGUCUUAGUUCAGGAUCUGAUUGUUCAUUCAGGUGGUGCUUCGGGUGCUGCGAGCGUUGGAUCACGAGGCUUCACCAAGCAAACUUUGAUAAAUCCCUGUCAUUAUUCAUUAGGAAGCUGACAGUGACUCUAGUUUAUGAAUCACGGCCGGAUGCCACAUAUUAUUAUGACUAAAAUUUGGUAGAGCUGCAAUUCUUGAAGUUCAAUACCAGCUGUCUCAUGAUAAUUAAAGAUAUAAUCAAAAAUGUGAUAUAUUUAUUGUACAGGGCAUGGCUGUCAGCAUGACUGUAGAAGUCAUGUAUAUCUCUUUUUUAGAUAUAUAACAAAUAUAUAACAUAAAAACACAGGUGACCAUGUGCGUCCAAAAAUCACAUUAUUUUAUUAGUAAUUACACAUAAAUUUAAGAUUUAAACAUUUUACUUUUACAAAAAAAAAAAAAUCCUUUUUAACCAUCUGCCACAAACAAAUUAAUAAUUUUUGUCCUUCACCAUUAUACUCGUUUUUUUUUUUUUUUUUUUUCAGUUUUGGCUGGAAAUAACCUGUCACAAAAACCAAUGACAGGCUUCUUUCAGUAUUUAUGUGUUAUGUUUUUAGAUUUUCACAAACUGUCACAAGUUUCAAGCAAUCCUGAACUUUUCUGCUAAUUUCUUACAUGUUUACAACAUUCAGAUUAACCACUAAUUGAGGCACCUCCUAAAAGUUACCUUUCCUGUACAACUAAACGGCCGUGUCAGUCGUGUGCUGAGGGAAACUUAUUUGUCCAAUGAAACACACAUUUUAAAAAUACAGGUGUAGUCAGUCAGUGUAGGUGGAGGCAUAAUCCAUAAGACUUUAACCCAAGAAACUGGGGACAAAUUGUGCUGAGAUUCCAAUAUCUUCUCACUUAGUUUGCUGUUUUUUAUAGCUUGAAGUUCCAGUUUUGGUCCACUGUGUGGUUAGGUUUAGAAUAGGAUCAUGGUUUGGGUUUAAUCCUGUCACAAUGUUAAGCACAUUAAAAGUGUCUUCAUUUCCAAAUGACCAAAAUAACUGCCCAGUCAGUAACUGUAGAGCUCAUGAAGCCCAGUGAGGGCUUCUGCUUGGAGGUGGCUUAAAGCAGAAGCCAAGUUGCAGUGCGAGAAAUCUAAAACAUGUAGUAAGAAGGAUAUUUUGAUGUUGUCUUUGUUGUGAAAAUUAAAAGAACACACAAAAGGAUUUAUCAUGUUGCCUUAUCAGCAUUUACCGCCUGUUUAUGUCAUUUCCAGCCUCAAAAAACCUUCUGGGCAAUCAUUCCACACCAGUUUCCUUUAGAGAUGUUUUCCCAUCAAACACAAAGAAAAUGGUAUUGAAAGUAUUCACAUAAAGUCUCGGUUGUAGCUUGACAGAAGUGAGAAGAUGAAUUAUUGCCAAAAGUAUGCAGGAAAAAAAAAUCCUGCGAUGCAAUUUUCAAAGUAAAUGAAUAAAAACAGAAAAAUAGAAGAUAUGAAACCAAAUGUAACAAAACAAACAAAAUACUAUAAUAUAAAAGUAUCUCUUCAGCGGGUCUUUACAUUUUCUCAUAACCCGCCGACCUUCUUUUCAUAUGCAACAUAAAGAAUGUGUGAAACUACGAAACCCACCAUUGAAGCCUCCUGAUCCACCGCCAGCGGCUCUGCAGCGCUGCCGUUCAUCUCUCUGCCUGGAAAAACAGUUUUUGUUCUGUUUAAAAACUAAAAACGCAGAAAUACAUGUCGCCUUGAUGCAGCGCUUUCCAGGAUGUAGUCAGGGCCCAUUUUUUGAUACCAUUCGCCAUUGCCUUGUUUUUAUUUGUCAUUUUUGCUGAAUUAAAAUGUAAUGAUGAUGAUGAUGAAUCUUCAUGUAAUAGCCUGUGUCAGUUUUUAUAUCAUUGCCAUUGCCUUCUGCUGAGUUUGUAUAUUUGUGUGAUUUCACUAAAGUGUAAUGGAAAAGUUGGA